AGAAUGGCGCGGUUUGGAGAUGAGGUACCGGCCAGGUACGGCGGGGGGCCCGGCGGAGGGGGCCCGGGUGGCCGCGGUGGUAGCAGGCAAGGAGGACCCCAUGGACACGGUCACGGCCACGGCCACGGGCAUGGACACGGCCAUGGACACGGUCCACCCGGGGGGCCCGGGGCGCAGAGAAUGUACAAGCAGUCUAUGGCGCAGAGAGCCCGGACUAUGGCCCUCUAUAACCCCAUUCCCGUGCGCCAGAACUGUUUCACUGUCAACCGCUCACUGUUCAUUUUCAGUGAGGAUAACUUCGUCAGAAAAUACGCCAAAAAGAUCACCGAAUGGCCUCCAUUUGAGUGGAUGAUUCUAGCUACCAUCAUUGCCAACUGCAUUGUCUUGGCUCUGGAACAACAUUUGCCUGAUGGGGACAAGACACCACUGUCUGAGCGCCUGGAUGAUACCGAGCCGUACUUCAUAGGAAUCUUCUGUUUUGAGUCUGGAAUAAAGAUCCUGGCCCUUGGUUUCGCCUUCCACAAAAACUCUUACCUGAGGAAUGGAUGGAAUGUCAUGGACUUUGUGGUGGUGCUCACAGGGAUCUUGUCCACUGUGGGUUCAGAUUUUGACUUGCGGACCCUCAGGGCUGUGCGAGUAUUGAGGCCCCUCAAACUGGUGUCCGGUAUUCCCAGUUUACAGGUGGUGCUCAAAUCCAUCAUGAAGGCCAUGAUUCCUCUGCUGCAAAUUGGCCUGCUUCUUUUCUUUGCCAUCCUCAUGUUCGCCAUUAUUGGCCUGGAGUUCUACAUGGGCAAAUUCCAUACAACCUGCUUUGACAAUCACACAGGUGAGAUCCGAGAAGAGUUUCCAUGUGGGACUGAGCCUCCGUCACGGCUGUGUCCAGACGGCACCAUGUGUAGACAGUACUGGCUGGGACCAAACUACGGCAUCACCCAGUUUGACAACAUCCUAUUUGCUAUUCUCACCGUCUUCCAGUGUAUUACCAUGGAGGGCUGGACUGAACUGCUCUACUAUAGCAACGAUGCCUCAGGGAGUGCAUGGAACUGGAUGUACUUCAUCCCCCUCAUCAUCAUCGGCUCCUUCUUCAUGCUCAACCUGGUGCUGGGUGUGUUGUCAGGGGAGUUUGCCAAAGAGAGAGAGCGUGUGGAGAACAGGAGUGAGUUCCUGAAACUAAGAAGACAGCAGCAGAUUGAAAGGGAACUCAAUGGUUAUCUUGAGUGGAUCUGCAAAGCUGAAGAGGUCAUCUUGGCGGAUGAUGAAAAUGAAAAUGAUUACGAUGGCUCCCGAAGGAGAGCCACAAAGAACCAUAAGAGCAAAGCUGAGCUUCUUAACCCAGAGGAAGGGGAGGGGGAUCUGGCAGUAGGUUCACCAUUUGCCCGUGCCAGCUUGAAGAGCUCCAAGCUUGAAGGAUCUACUUUUAAGCGGCGGGAGCGACGGUUACGCUUCUUAAUCCGACACAUUGUUAAGUCCCAGGCCUUCUACUGGACUGUACUGUGUUUGGUGGGCCUCAACACACUGUGUGUGGCAGUGGUGCACUACGACCAGCCAGAGCCACUUUCAGAUUUUCUGAAUUUUGCUGAAUUCAUCUUCCUGGGGAUAUUCUUGACGGAGAUGUUUGUAAAGAUGUACGGCCUGGGCAGGCAGGCCUACCUCAACUCCUCCUUCAACUGCUUCGACUGCAUUGUGAUAUGUGGUAGCAUAUUUGAAGUGCUGUGGUCCAUCAUUCAGCCGGGCACUUCGUUUGGCAUCAGUGUGCUACGAGCUCUCAGGUUAUUGAGGAUCUUCAAAGUCACCAAGUAUUGGGCAUCUUUGCGUAACCUCGUCGUGUCUCUGCUCAACUCAAUGAAGUCCAUCAUCAGCUUGCUUUUCCUGCUCUUCCUCUUCAUAGUUGUCUUUGCCCUGCUGGGCAUGCAGCUCUUCGGAGGACAGUUUAAUUUUGAAAAUGGCACUCCUCCGACCAACUUCGAUACCUUCCCCGCAGCAAUAAUGACAGUGUUCCAGAUCCUGACUGGCGAGGACUGGAACAUGGUGAUGUACGAUGGCAUCAAAUCUCAGGGCGGAGUCAACAAGGGCAUGGCCUUCUCUGUCUUCUUCAUCGUGCUCACGCUUUUUGGCAACUACACUCUGCUGAAUGUGUUCUUAGCUAUCGCUGUCGACAAUUUGGCCAAUGCACAAGAACUCACCAAGGAUGAACAGGAGGAAGAGGAGGCUGCCAGUCAGAAGAUCGCCCUGCAGAAAGCCAAGGAGGUGGCUGAAGUCAGCCCACUGUCUGCUGCCAACCUCUCUAUUGCAGCCAACAAAGUACACAGUGAGUGUCACAACGCUACCGACCCCUUUCUGGACUGUAAAGAGCAGCAAAAGAACCACAAUAAGGGGGUCAAUAAAUCAGUGUGGGAGCAACGCACCAAGGAGCUGAGGAGACAGACUCUGGUGUCCAGCCGCGAGGCCCUCUAUAACGAGCUGGACCCUGACGACCGCUGGAAGGCAAGGACGGGGAGGGAGGAGCACAACAAUGUGAACUAUUCACGUCACAUUCGUCCAGACAUGAAGACCCACUUGGAUCGACCCUUGGUCGUUGACCCCCAUGAGAACCGCAACAACAACACUAACAAGACCACUGCAAACAAUUCAGACCUUUGCUUCAGCCAGCACCAUCCUGCUGAUGAGCUCCACAAACAAACACGCCUCCAUGAACAUGGAGGCCAAGUAGGAGGGGGUGGUGGAGGAGGCUCGGGUCCAGUCAGGCCUCCCUUGGAGCGGGGCGAGUCCACAGAGAGCAGGCGGAGCCGCAAAGGUGAGCACCACCACCACACCUCGCAUGUCCGUUUGGAUGCUACAGUGAUCCCUGGACCAGGCUCAGAGGAGAGGCCAUCCAGGCGCCAUCACCACACCCGGAGUGGAAGCCGAGGGGGAGGGCAGUCAGAACACAGGAAGCCCAGGUCACAUCGAAAAUGUGCAGAAGAUGGUGAGGAUGGCGGAGGAGGAGCUGGAAAAACAGGGAGGCAUAAGAGCAAAGGGGUUGAUGGAGGUGGAGAAGGGGGAGAGCAGGAGGGAGCUGGCGACGGCAGUGAGAGGAGGCCAAGAAGAAAUCGCCAUGGCAACCAAACGGAUGGCGAAGGGAAGAAGAUGUGCCAGCACAGAAGGAAGGAUUGCAGUGUCCCUAACCUCUCCACUACACGGCCCAUCCAGAAGAGCCUCUCCAGGCAGGACAGCCAGUACAGUGAGGAUAUGGACAACCUCAUGAACACCAAACUGGUCUCUGGCUCAACCCCAACCAGCGAGGUUCACCCUAAUCCAGUUACCAACCACACUGUGGCCCCUGGCUUUGGAUCUGCCCUCCAUCUUGCUAACAGUGGCACUCAUGGGAGUUUGGUCACAUUAGAUAGCUAUGGCAGCAUCGCACAUCACCGUGCUAAUAGUGUCAUCAGGCUGCCCCACCCUGACUACACAGCUGUUGAUAUGCCAAUUUUUCCAUCCACCAAUGCCAUACUGCAGGUCAACAAGAAUGCCAACACAGAGCCUUUGCCUGCCAAGGAGGAUAAGGACGAUGAUGAUGAUGAGAAAGGAGGCGAAGGAGGGCCCAGGCCCAUGCCUCCAUUCAGCUCCAUGUUCAUCCUGUCCACCACCAACCCGUUUCGACGGGCGUGUCACUACAUCUGCACCCUGCGUUAUUUCGAGAUGUGUAUCUUGCUAGUCAUUGCCAUGAGCAGUAUUGCCCUGGCUGCUGAAGACCCUGUCUGGCCAGAAUCCCCUCGCAACAAUGUGCUACGCUAUUUCGACUAUGUCUUCACAGGAGUGUUCACAUUUGAGAUGUUGAUAAAGAUGGUGGAUCUGGGAUUGGUCUUGCACCAGGGCUCUUAUUUCCGGGACUUGUGGAACAUCCUUGACUUUAUAGUGGUUAGUGGUGCUCUGGUGGCCUUCGCCUUCACCGGCGGCGGGGGGAGCAGUAAGGGAAAAGACAUCAGCACUAUCAAGUCUCUGAGGGUGCUGAGAGUGUUACGACCUCUGAAGACUAUUAAGCGUCUUCCCAAACUCAAGGCUGUGUUUGACUGCGUGGUGAACUCGCUGAAGAAUGUGCUCAACAUCCUGAUAGUCUACUUACUCUUCAUGUUCAUCUUUGCUGUGGUGGCUGUGCAGCUCUUCAAGGGACGCUUCUUUUACUGCACUGAUGAAUCCAAAGAGUUUGAGCGUGACUGCAGGGGCGAGUAUCUGGUGUAUGAACGUGAUAACGAAGUGAAGGCGCAGAAGCGGGAGUGGAAGAAGUACGAUUUCCACUACGACAACGUGGCUUGGGCCCUUCUCACCCUCUUCACCGUGUCUACCGGAGAGGGGUGGCCGCAGGUGCUGAAGCAUUCAGUGGAUGCGACUUAUGAGAACCAGGGCCCGAGCCCGGGGUACCGGAUGGAGAUGUCCAUCUUUUACGUGGUGUACUUCGUGGUCUUCCCCUUCUUCUUCGUCAACAUCUUCGUGGCUCUCAUUAUCAUCACCUUCCAGGAGCAAGGGGACAAGAUGAUGGAGGACUACAGUUUGGAAAAGAAUGAGAGAGCCUGUAUAGACUUCGCCAUCAAUGCCAGGCCCCUGACACGCCACAUGCCUCAGAACAAGCUGAGCUUUCAAUAUCGAAUGUGGGAGUUUGUGGUGUCGCCGCCAUUUGAGUAUACUAUCAUGGCAAUGAUCGCACUCAACACGGUCGUGCUGAUGAUGAAGUAUGACGGAGCUUCUGAUACCUAUGAAGCUGUGUUAGCCAACCUGAACAUAGUGUUUACCUCCCUCUUCUCCAUGGAGUGUGUACUCAAGAUCAUCGCCUUUGGAGUACUGAAUUAUUUCAAAGAUGCCUGGAAUAUUUUUGAUUGUGUGACAGUUCUGGGCAGCAUUACUGACAUCUUGGUUACCGAGCUUGGGAUGAAUAAUUUCAUCAACCUAAGUUUCCUGAGGCUGUUCAGGGCAGCUCGUCUCAUCAAGCUGCUGAGGCAGGGAGAAACCAUCCGCAUCUUGCUCUGGACCUUCGUUCAGUCCUUCAAGGCACUGCCUUAUGUCUGCCUCCUCAUUGCCAUGCUGUUCUUCAUUUACGCCAUCAUUGGGAUGCAGCUGUUUGGGAAUAUUGCUAUUGAAGAAGACGGAGACAGUGCCAUCAACCAGCACAACAACUUCAGGACCUUCAUACAGGCUCUCAUGCUUCUCUUCAGGAGUGCAACGGGAGAGGCGUGGCAUGAGAUAAUGCUAGCAUGUCUGGGGGGUAAGGAGUGUGACACCCUGUCAGGGAAUACAGACCCAGAGUGUGGCAGCCAGUUUGCCUACCUCUACUUCGUCUCCUUCAUCUUCUUCUGUUCAUUCUUGAUGCUGAAUCUGUUUGUAGCUGUCAUCAUGGACAACUUUGAGUACCUGACCAGAGAUUCAUCCAUACUUGGACCUCACCACCUGGAUGAGUAUGUCAGGAUAUGGGCCGAAUAUGAUCCUGCUGCCUGCGGGCGCAUUCAUUAUAAGGACAUGUACAGUUUAUUACGAGUUAUCGACCCGCCUCUCGGCUUAGGCAAGAAAUGCCCCCAUAGGGUGGCCUGCAAGAGACUACUCCGUAUGGAUCUGCCUGUGGCCGAUGACAACACGGUCCACUUCAACUCGACUCUCAUGGCCUUGAUCCGCACAGCACUGGACAUCAAGAUCGCCAAGGGUACGGAAGGUGGUAUUGACAAGCACCAGAUGGACGCAGAGCUGAGGAAAGAGAUGAUGGCGAUCUGGCCCAAUCUCUCCCAGAAGACUCUGGAUUUGCUGGUUACACCACACAAGUCAGCAACAGACCUGACAGUGGGGAAAAUCUAUGCUGCCAUGAUGAUCAUGGAGUACUACCGGCAGAGCAAGAUCAAGCGCUCGCAGGCUCUUCGUGAUGAGCAGAAUCGAACGCCAUUACUGUUUCAGCGCGUGGAGCCGCCUUCCCCCGCCCAGGAUGGGGGUCCGGGACUUAACAACGCCCUCCCUCCACCUGAAACAACUGAGACUGUUAACAGCCUGGGGGGGGUCCCGGAGAGCCAAUCAUGGGUGACGACUCGUGCUCAGGAGAUGUCCCAGAAGGUCGGCAGCUGGAGUCCUGAGGGACACCCUGAGGAUGGCCUGGGAAGCAUGACCAACUCUCAGACGGUAGAGAUGAGAGAGAUGGGGCAGGAUGGUUACUCGGAUACUGAGCACUUUCCACCAAUGGAAGGCCAUGGCAGGGCCGCUUCCAUGCCCCGCCUCCCAGGCGACAACCAAACCAUCAAUGACAGCAGUCCCAUGAAACGCUCGGCCUCUUCGCUGGGCCACAGCAGGUCUGGGCGUGGCCACAGAGACAAAGGAGGGGCGGACGAUUACAACAUGGAGCGUGUAAUACCUGAGGAGGGGAGAACUUCCAGACAUGGGCACCGGCGAAAAGACCGGGGCCAUCGGGCGUCUGAGAGGUCCCUCUGUCGCUACACGGAGGCUGACACAGGCCUGGGCACAGACCUGAGCACAACCACCCAGUCAGGCGACCUCACGUCCAAAGACAAGGAUCGUGACAGAGAUCGCGGCCGGUCCAAAGACCGUAAGCACCACCACCACCAUCACCACCACCAUGGAUCUGUGGACAAGGAGCGCUAUGUAGCAGAGCGAGGGGGCGAGUAUGGACACAGGCACUCCCGUGACAGAGAGCAUGACCGGGAGAGGGAGAGAGAACGGGACAGACGCUGGUCGCGAUCGCCCAGUGAGGGUCGCGAGUGCAUGACGCACAGACAGGGCAGUAGUUCGGUCAGCGGAAGUCCUGUCCCCUCAACCUCGGGGACCAGUACGCCACGCCGAGGCCGUCGACAGUUGCCUCAGACCCCUGCAACACCCCGGCCCCAUGUUACCUAUUCCCCUGUAGUUCGUAAGGCCAUGCCCACACAAUCUGGGGGACCACAGGGCCGAGCCCCAGCCCCAGCCCCCCGCCGCUUUUCACCUGAGCCUCCCCAAGGCCAAGGCCCUCCCCCGGCUGGCCUCCCACUGGCCCAUCAUGGCACACCCCGCCAGGGUCAUCAUCCCCCACCUCGCUGGGGAGACACAGGUGGAGGAGGCGGCUCUAUGGAAGGGGAUGGAUGCUUCUACAACCAGGAGUACCAGGACUAUGAGCCCCACCAUGAACCACCUGCCUAUGAGCAAAACCCGAUGCAGGGUGGCAACCCCCACCCCCAUGCUCUGGCCAACCAUCCACUGCCGCCUCCUCCACAACCACAGCCACAUAACCCCCAUCCAAUUCCUCCACCCCAGCCUCACCCUGUAAACAACCCCCACCCUCAUCCACCGCCCCACCCACAGCCCAGUCGCACCUCACCUAGGACUGCCCACCAUGCGCCCCCUCCCACUACUGCCCUGACUGGGCCUGUACAGGGCCAGAUGCAGCCUGCUGCCCAACGCCGCCUACCCAAUGGCUACCGCUCUUCAUCACCUUCCACACAUCUCCAUGGACCCCCGCAUACUGGACCACACAAGGUCCCCCCUCCAGCUGGGCAUCCUAGGGGUCCCCGCAAGGGCCUGCAUGAACCCUACAGCGAGACGGAGGACGACGACUGGUGCUAGCCUCUGGGGAUGGGGGAGGGGUGUAAGGAGGAAAAAAAAAUUGAUAGAUGGACCGAAAGAUGAAGAUAGGAAGCUCUGAGCGAGAGCACUGACUGCCAAGGGAAACCAUGAUUCUUUCUUUCUCGUCUGUUCAAUUUUUUCCUCUCCUCCACUGCUUGGCAUGUCCCAGGGACGGUGGGCUAGAUGAAGGGACAGGUGUCAGGAAGAAAGGAUGAAACAAGAAUGCUAAGGCAGGAUCUGAGAAACAAGGGGUGUAAGUGGAGGUUACAAACCACCUCUAUGCUCUGCUUGCAUUGUUGUUGCAUUCAUCUCUUGAUGCCA